AUGGCCCCAGUAGCUGACUCCCCAGUCCUUCAGCCAACCGCUGAUCUCAACCAAUAUCGAGGAUACGACCACGUCCACUGGUAUGUUGGAAAUGCCAAACAGGCGGCUUCAUACUAUGUCACCCGUAUGGGAUUCGAGAGGGUGGCGUAUCGCGGCCUAGAAACCGGCUCCAAGGCGGUAGCUUCCCACGUUGUUCGAAAUGGAAACAUCACAUUCAUCUUGACGUCCCCCCUUCGAUCCUUGGAACAAGCCUCUCGUUUCCCCGAAGACGAAGAACUCUUGAGGGAAAUCCACGCCCACCUUGAAAAGCACGGUGAUGGUGUCAAGGAUGUUGCUUUUGAAGUCGACUCGGUAGACGCCGUCUUCUCAGCCGCUGUCGCGAACGGUGCUGAGGUUGUUUCCGGUGUCAGAACACUAGAGGACGAGACUGGCGAGAUCAAGGUCGCAACGAUUCGGACGUAUGGGGAAACCACCCACACCCUCAUUGAACGGUCAGCAUACACCGGCGGAUUCAUGCCCGGAUACCGAAUGGAAAACAGCGUCGAUCCCACUUCCAAAAUGCUCCCACAGGUUGUCCUUGAGAGGAUAGAUCACUGCGUCGGCAACCAGGACUGGAACGAAAUGGAAAGAGUCUGCGACUACUACGAGAAAAUCCUCGGAUUCCACCGAUUCUGGUCUGUUGAUGACAAGGAUAUUUACACCGAAUUCUCCGCUCUGAAGAGUAUUGUCAUGGCAUCGCCAAAUGAUGUCGUCAAAAUGCCAAUCAACGAGCCCGCGAAGGGAAAGAAGCAAUCCCAGAUCGAGGAAUAUGUCGACUUCUACAGCGGUGCUGGUGUGCAACACAUUGCGCUCCGAACUGACAACAUCAUCAACGCGAUCACCAACCUCAGGGCUCGCGGUGUGGAGUUCAUCAAGGUUCCCAGCACCUACUAUGAUGACAUCAAGCUUCGCCUCAAGAAACAGGGCUUAGUCCUCAACGAAGAUCUUGAAACCUUGCAGAGCCUAGAUAUCCUCAUCGACUUCGAUGAGAACGGCUAUCUCUUGCAGCUUUUCACAAAGCACCUCAUGGACCGGCCAACCGUUUUCAUUGAGAUCAUCCAGCGCAACAACUUCUCCGGCUUUGGUGCAGGCAACUUCAAGGCCCUCUUCGAGGCAAUCGAGCGUGAGCAGGCUCUUCGCGGCACCCUCAUCUAA